AAAAAGCCUGAACCACAUUUCCUGUCUGUAAGAAUGCAGGGGAAGAAAAAACUAGAGACUUUUAAGACUGAUGGCAACUCUGGAGAUAGAUUUAUGCUGUCAGAUCUGAAAUAAAAGCACUUCCAAGGUCUGCCAACAUAACGUAACUUGAUUUCCAGUUGGAUAAAGAGGUGGGGAGUGUUCCUAAAAACAACAAAACGAGUUACAGAAAUGGAAUGCCACCCUUCUGUCUGGGGAGUUUUGGUCUUUCUGAGUCUGGCUCUGAUUGUUUCAUUGAUACUGAAUAUUUCACACUAUAUGAAAAAGAAGCAAGAAACUAAAAUGUAUAAAGACUAUGAAGACAACAGUCCAAGCUAUGAUGACCAUUACACAGAAGAUGACCCAGUUUACGGCAAUCUCAGUCAAGAAGUUUUAGAGGAAUGUUGUUAUGAGCAGAUGAAGUCCCAGCCUCAAAUGCCAGUUAACCAGCUACAGGUGGAGCCUGACCAUCAGAUGUGUUAUGCCUCACUCGAUCACAGUGUCAAGGGAAAACGCAGAAAACCAAGGAGAAAAAAAGACCCUUCAGUAGAGGAUGAAGAAAGAUCAUCCAAACCCACCAUUAUCACUUCAAAAGUUAGCAUUUACCUCAACAGUGAUCAGCUGGCUGCUGAAAACACAGUAAACGUAGAAGCCAUUCAUGACGAUCCCAUAAGACUAAUGGGUUUGAUUCAUACAUCAGAUGGAGAGGACAUUUGAAGUAGCUUCAUGAACCAAAUAUGCAAUCACAAAGUGAGAUCUGCUUUGGUCGUUCUGGAGGAACGGUGAACAAUUAAAGAUUGUAUCCUGUCAAACUGACAUACCAAAUAUAGGUGUAAAACAGGUAAGUGAAAUGUUCCAAAUUGUCUUCCAAGCAAAUCCACGGACUAAGCAAGAACUAACUAUAGGUCCAGACUGCCAUUUUAAAGGGCCUGUCCUCCUGAAGAAGUUUUGAAAGGGAAUUGUAGGAGCAGUAUCACAGCAUUCACAUGGUAUUCAAGUCAAAAUUAAACCUUCGUUUAAAACAACCAUCAACCUUCAAACAGUAACAAAAGACCUACUCAUUUCUGUCUAAGAACUCCUGCACAGUAUGACUGUUCUUCUGUAUAGGUUUUCACAAUACUUUUGGAAAGAAAUGGUGUUUUGCACAAGUACACUUAACGAUUUAGUUGUUUUCCCAGUUAAACGCUGAUCUGCUAUUCAACAUUGUGUACUUCCCCACUGUCAGUAGCCUACGGUAUUAAAAUAUACUUAAAGCUAAUUGCAGAAUAAUUUAACAACUUGUUUUAAGUAGUACCUGUACAUCUAGGCAGAUUUAAAAAAAAAACAACUGAUAUCUUCAGUUUCCUUCUGUGAACAAUAUUAACAUACGUAUCAAAUCUUCAUUCCUCUAUUAACAGUAUUUUAUUCACCUGUAUUCAAGAAUAAGAUAUUGACAAAUGAUCUGUACCAAUAAAUCUCCUGUAGAGGAUUUUUUCCUUCUAAAAUUAUAUUUGAUAUUUAAAUUCCUACAGGGUUUUACAGUGCAUUUAUCUUUUUUUUUUUUUUUAUAGAAAGUUUUUUAUUUCCUAAGUUAUUUACAUACUGGUUGCACUCAUAAGAUAGCAAGAAUUUAUAGUAAGGAUUUCUUUUUGUAGCACAUUCUGGGAGCCAUUAAAUAGUAGUAGCAGAAAACGAGACAUGCUGAUGUACCAUGCCUACCUCUAGAUGUCAGAAAGUUCUGCCUUCUCAAAAAAAAUAUUAGUGCCUUUAAAAUCUAUACUUGAAAUGUAUACUUGAAGGACUUGAAAUGCUCAAGGACAUCAGAAGCCUGACAGCAUCUCAGGUCCUGAAGGAGACAGCAGCCUUGAAAGCAGUUAGAAAAAACAAACAACUUAUAGUAUUAAGAGCCAACACCUCUGGAAAAAGCAGAAGUGGCUGCCUCUGUCAAGAGAUGCAACAAAUUUAUGAAGAACAACAAAUGUAAAAGUUGUUUGACAGCCUGGCCCACAUUUAGUUUAGUUUAGUUAACAGAUCUCUCUCACAUGCCUUAACUUCUAUGCUAGACCAAGAUGAAUGACCCAACCCCUGCAGACCAAGCUGCUCAGUGUCUUGUACUAGCAUGGAGUUUUAUGUGCAGAGAUCAAAUCAAUAUGUUUGACCAUUAGAUCCCAGAAACAAGGCAGACUCAGUAGCAUUAAACUGAUUGUUAUCAUGGCCAUUGACCGAUUAACAUUGGAGAAACAGGAAUAAAUAUUUGUGAAGAAUCAAUUAAAAACACACGUACACCAUCACUGUAAUGGAGCAUCAUAUUAAAUGAUGAUGCUGACUGAAAUCCCAAGGAGGGGAAAAAAACACAACAAAAGUCAAAUCCAAAAUCCAAAGCUAAACAGUAAGAUUAUAGAGCGCAAAGUACUACCUUAAUUUGAUCGGGUUGGAAAGAGCACCUUGUUUUUUAGCAGGAGCAAAGGAAGAAUAAACAAGCUAUUUACAAGCUCUUGCAUAGCUUCAAAAUAGUUUGACAUAUAUCAAAAUAGUUUGACUAGCAUUAAUGAUAUGUAAAAUAUUUCAAUUUAACUGACACCAAUCAGACGCAAUACUCAGCCCUGCGAAGCAAUUAGAAGUGAAAACUUUCUUAAACAGCCUUCUUAACAAGCUUUCUUAAACAGUAUAUAAGGAGAGUCCCAUGGAGCUUACUGUCAUUGUUUUUCCAACACAUAUAUGAAAAAAGGGAUGCUAUUAUUUUCAGUUAAUACAAUUUGUGUAAACUUUGUACAAGAGUUGCUAUUUCCCAAUUUUCUCUCAGUGUUUUCACUCUUGAUUACAUGUAUGCCUUCACUCUCAAAAUUCCAAGAUCAAAGAACUUCUGAGACUGAUCAUUAGAAAAAAUAUCAAUAGAAAUGAAGCAUACACUUCUCAUUGAGUAUACACAUAAUAAGCCCACUGCAUAAUGUUUUGGUACAUUUAGUUUCCUCUGUAUACUUAGCUUUCAUUGUUCAGUCCAGCUAUUUAUUUACUAAAAUAUUCAUCUGCUGUUUUUCCCUACAACUUUGUUUCCUAAAAGAACGGAGUUCUUUUGUAAAUAUCCUCCUUCAAUAUACACUUUCUUUCCGAUUUAAUCACUGUUAUCAAUAAAUUAUUCAUUGCUGCUCUCACAGCAUCAACUUCAGGAUCAUCUUUUGUCAGGCUUAUCAAUCCAAGGCAUUACUACUGCUGCUACAUGUCCAGAUUCAGUUUUAUUCCCCCAGAUCUCUACCUUCUGUUUGCUUAAAUAAGGCACUAACCCUUCCCCUCCCCCCCUUUUUUUUUUGCAUGGAUUGUUUUUAAGUGACUACUAAUUUUUAAAUGAAAGAGCAUGUUCAAUAUUGCUCCAUCUUCAAGCCAUUGACAAAGACUUAUGUAAGCUACCAUGCAUUUCUUAAAUUCAUUCUGUAUAGUUUCUUUAAAUCCAUUCUGUAUAAAGAGUUUCAGAAGUAAUUAAAGCAAAAUCAGAAAAGGAGAUCCUAGGUCUUGUUUUGUACUAUCUCAGUACCUUAACCUGUUUUUAUAGCAUUCUUUACAAAUAUUUUGAAGCAGACAGAUGCAGUUUGAAGCUGUCGUUAUAACAGUAAGCUUAGCAUUUGACUCAAGUAUCAGUUUGGUAGAAAUGUGAAAAAAUAAGCCUAAUAGGAAUACGGUGGCAGAAGAAGACUGCUUGGAAUUCAAGAAUAGAUAUGAAAACAGAGUAUCAAGUAGCACCAUUAAAUUUUCAGAGGUCUAGAACAGGUAUCCUUCAGCAGUCAUGACAGACCCUUGGUGAAAUCACACUUUUAAGAAUCAGAAGACAAACAAGUGGAUGUGUUCAAAUUCCAAAAAUAGUUGUGUAACUUUCUCCCAUUCCUUGCUACUGCUGGAACCAAAAAAGUUGCACUGGGAUGAGCUUAUCUUCCAACACCAGGAGUUUUUCCAAGAACUACCUCUUAAAAUUCUAAGCCAUUUCCAUAGGUGGAAUGAAUUAUUGCUAAGUUCUUUAAAAUAAACUUUUUUUCCUACCCUG